UGGACAAACCAAAAUGGCGAGCCAAGAGGAGUCUGUGCGGGAGUUCGUAGCUGUUACUGAUGUCGACGAGGAGAGGGCCCGCUUCUUCUUGGAGUCCGCCGGUUGGAAUUUGCAGCUUGCACUUGGUAGUUUCUUUGAAGAUGGAGCUGAUGAUGACAUCGUGUCACUGCCUCACCUUGAAGGAGGAUCCUCAGUGUCCAGAUCCACGGGCCCAAGCUCUCAACACCGAGUGACGUCAUUCAGAGACUUGAUGCACGAGGCGGAAGAAGAGAGUGAUGAAGAAGAAGGUCAAAGGUUCUUUGCAGGGGGAUCAGAGCGCAGUGGCCAGCAAAUCGUUGGGCCUCCUAAAAAAAAGAGUCCCAAUGAUGUGGUGGAAGAUCUGUUCAAAGGGGCCAGAGAACACGGGGCUGUGCCUUUGGAGCGCAGUGGGAAGGGGGCAGGAGAAUCCAGCAGAGCGAAAGCCUUCGACGGAGGUGGAUACAGGCUUGGAGCAGCUCCUGAGGAGGAGUCAACAUACGUUUCUGCUGGGAGACGUGACCCCAAUGCCCAACAGGAUGUACACGUGGUGCUAAAACUGUGGAAGAGUGGUUUCAGUCUAGAUGAUGGUGAACUCCGAAACUACAGUGAUCCUAGCAACGCUCACUUCCUCGAGGCAAUCCGUAGAGGGGAGAUUCCUUUAGAGCUAAGGCAGCGUUCUCGGGGGGGCCAGGUCAAUCUGGACAUGGAGGACCACAGAGAUGAGGACUUCACCAAACCCAGAAUGGCCUUCAGAGCCUUUGGAGGAGAGGGUCAAAAACUAGGAAGUGCCGCCCCAGAGUUGGUUUCAGCCCCUGCCACCUCUCAACAGGACCAGGCGGCGAACGAAGCUCAAGCCAGUGCUUCUGUGAGCCUGGACACCUCCCAGCCCGUCACUAACAUUCAGAUCCGACUUGCAGAUGGCGGCAGGCUGGUUCAAAUGUUUAACCAUACCCACAGGGUGUCUGACCUGCGGCAGUUUGUGGUGGCGGCCCGGCCCACCAUGGCUGCCAGGGCGUUCAUCCUGAUGACCACCUUCCCCAACAAGGAGCUGUCGGAUGAGAGCCAGACACUUCAGCAAGCCAACCUCCUUAACGCCGUCAUUGUGCAGCGGCUACAAUGAGGGUGGAGGCGAAGACACCCGCUCAACACUGAGCGGCCACCUUUCUCCCCUUGAAACCUGCUGUCCCCCCCUGCCUCCUUGAGGAGGAGGAGACACAGACUUCUGUUUGGACCUCUAAUUUUUCAUUUUUGUUUUCUAAAACAAAAUAUCCCAAGCAUUGAUCCCUCAUCCACACUGACAGCAGAAGAAGAGAUUCUGCUGUUUUUCAAGCCUUGACAUCUACAUGCUCAUCAGUAAAGUAGCAGAGUCCACAGUCUCAUUUGGUUCUCAGUUCUAGAUAGGACUGUAUUGUGGUUCCCAUUGCUUAUCUGGAACAAACCAAUAAAUAUGUGUAGCCUCAUACUUUCAAGACCCCCUGCACUUAACCACAACAAUGCCCCCCGUCUCCCCCACACACCCACAGUCCUCCUUGUUUGAAUUACCAUAUAUGAUGAUUAUCCUAGCGAGACUGCAGGGUUUUGUUUUCGUGUGGCAUCACCAAUAGUUAUUGUUUUAUUAUUAAUACAAACUGAUGAUUACAAGAGAACAUAAUGUAGUUUGUAAACUUGUUUGUAGCUGUGGAAGGUGGACAUGUUCUAUGCAUCCUGGGGCAAUAUGGGAAUAUGUUUGGACCUCUGAGAAAAUAAAUCCAUUUUAUGGUCAAUGUACAAAGAAGUGAGGGUUGUGUUUUCCAUAUUUUUGGGAAAUACCUGGUGAUAUCUGGAAAUUGUCAGUCUGAUUAUAGAAAUAAAUUCGAUACUGUAUUUUC